UGAGCCAUUGUUCCAGGACUUAAACCCACUUUCUUAUCAGAUUAUAUUAUCCCAUUUACACGUGUAAGUUUUAGAUGUCAAAGUUGGACUUGGCUGGUGGAUGUUUUGGCUUAUUACUCACCUCCUGCCAAAAGAAAGAAACAUAAAUUGUGCUUUGUAUUUCAGGCUUUACUAAACUCUCCGGUACACUGAGUAAACACAGGUAUAGAUUGAGGUAGUAGUGAAGAACCACCCACAUCCGUAUUUUUUUAGUGGGUGUAACUGAUGACUACUUCCUGGGAUGUAGGUCAGGUCUCAAUGUUGUCCCUGGCAGAGGUACAGUAAACAUUGCCUCCCUAUAGACAGCUGUUACACUACAGCAGGACUGGGGGAACUUUGCUGCCAAGGUUCUUUUGGGAUAUUUAUAACAUCAUUCACUGGCCACACAAAAUGAUCAACUCAACAAGAAGCCUGCACUGGAUUUACUGAAUUGCCAGUACUGCGUGUGAUUGCCUAGGCAGAACCAGACCAGCUGAUUUCAUGGGCUUCAGAAAAUUCUCUGCGUGCCCUCGUCAUUUGUUCUACGAUGAGUGCCAAAUCUGCCAUCAGCAAGGAAAUUUUUGCACCUCUUGAUGAAAGGAUGCUGGGAGCUGUCCAAGUCAAGAGGAGGACAAAGAAAAAGAUUCCAUUCUUGGCAACCGGGGGUCAAGGCGAAUAUUUAACUUACAUCUGCCUGUCAGUGACGAACAAGAAGCCCACACAGGCGUCCAUCACGAAAGUCAAACAGUUUGAGGGCUCCACCUCGUUUGUUCGGAGGUCACAGUGGAUGCUCGAGCAGCUUCGCCAGGUUAAUGGAAUCGAUCCUAACCGGGAUUCUGCAGAGUUUGAUUUGUUGUUUGAAAACACUUUUGACCAGUGGGUCGCCAGCACAGCCUCAGAAAAAUGCACGUUCUUCCAGAUCCUUCAUCACACCUGCCAGAGGUACCUCACAGACAGGAAGCCAGAGUUCAUCAACUGUCAGUCAAAAAUUAUGGGAGGAAACAGCAUCCUGCAUUCAGCUGCUGAUAGUGUGACUAGUGCAGUGCAGAAGGCCAGCCAGGCAUUGAAUGAGCGUGGAGAGCGGCUAGGCCGAGCGGAGGAGAAGACGGAAGACUUGAAGAACAGUGCCCAGCAGUUUGCGGAGACAGCACACAAGCUCGCUAUGAAGCACAAAUGUUGAGGACCUGCCUGUCCUGGUGACCCUCUAAAGAGAAAUGGAAGAGAUUGUUCAGCAGUUCUUACAAGAAUUCUGGACCUCUACCUGCUUCUUUCUUUCCAGUACAUGGACAUUAAGAGUGUCUCGUUUUUCCUUCUCUGACAUUAAGAUGAAAGGAAAGGUGUCAUGUUUUUGCAUUUCUCUAGUGAUCUAGCUAGGAAACACUAAGUAGCAUCAGCUUGUUGUCAGUUGUUUUUCCGUGUGUGUGUGUGUGUGUGUGUGUGUGUGUGUGUGCUUGAAUGUAUUUUUCUUUUUUAAAAAAAUAAUUUUUUGUAGUUUGGAUAAAAAAAAAUGUGGACCAAAUGAUAAACUGAGCUGUGUCUAACCUGGCAACAUGUAUUUUGUUUUCCCUGCUAAAAGAAACAGGAGGACAUUUUCAUGUGGUGAUAUCAGAUAUUAUUGUUCCUAGGUGGAAAGAAGAAUCAAGCAGUUACAGUGUCUGUUCACUCUUCAGCUUGUCUUAAUUUGAAGCAUAAAGCUAAAAUUCUGUAUCUGAAGACAUGAUUCUGUAUUAUGAAAAAAUUUGAAUUUAUCAGGAAAGACAAUAGUCUUAAAUUUUGCUCAUAGCUUAGUAAUGUUCUGCAUGAACCAUCACCAGCAUUCCAAAAAAAAAAGGAAAUCAGAAUCCCAGAAAUCUGCUUUCUGAGCUGCACCUUAAAUACUUCUGCUAGUUAUUUCUCAGCUGAUUAUUUGGAAUUACCAUGUGAAGGGUAAAAAUGUGAUAGCAGUGACCUAAGGAAAAGCCUGCUCAACAACUUCUGUGUAUUCAUGGAUGUUUCUAUCGUCUGUUACUGUCACAAAUUAUAGUGGCUUGGGUUUUUAUCAGAAAUGAUCUGCCUAGGUAAAAGUCUGUGUAGAUAAUAGUGUAAAAAGAUGCUGUGUUUUAAAUACCUUUUUCUCUUCACAAAGUCCUGCCUAUUUUAGGCACCCACAUGAUGCCCUUGGGAAAGGGAUGUUAGUUUCUUGGUAUCUAGUUUGGAGAGCUGUUGAUGUUACUGUGGUCUAUUUAUUUAAUAUAAUAUGUGGCUUUCUUGAGGAAUUGCAUUUUGUGGCAAUUGCAACUUGCCUAGUCUGACAUAAAUCAGUGUGGUCACGAAGCCCUUACUCUGCAGAGUUGGUCACGCACCUCCUGAUCUUGUAUGACUCAAGAUAAUGCUGGGUAUGUAAGUUUGUUUUCUAGAGGAUUUAAAUGCUCAACAUAAAACAGUUGAGGUUUUAUCUUUAUGAACCAAGGGGGUGUGAGUACCAAUGCUCUGUGAGCUGUGCAUCUACUUUUAAGCUGCCCAAAUCUUCACCACUCUUUUCUGCCCCUUUAGAUCCCUUGACCAAUUGAGCCUUUGCAUAUCGUGGUCUCUUACAUAGCAGUGUAAGAUGACUUUGGGGUGAUUAAUGCUGAUUUAAAUAGCUUAAAUUCUUCUGAUAAAGCGUUCCCAGGGUGAUAAAGUUUAUUAGCAAAAAAGAAAAAAAAAACCUAGCAUGUGUCAAAUGGAGUUGGGAUUUGCCAUAGUCUAGUUUCUGAAUCUUAGAUAAUCCAAUUCAAGAAAAUCCUCAGUAAACAUUUAUAUAGUAAACUACACAGGUUUACCAUAGUAUUUCAUACUAUGCCCUAAAAGUCUAAUGAAACAGGAAACAUGCCAUUUGGUGAGUACUGCUAGAAGCAUUUGUAAGUUCUAACAAGAGAUCCAAGUAUUACUCCAAAUGAGUUGUUUCCAGCCUCUUUUUGGAAAACAUGGGAGAGAUGGGGGAGAGAAGGCAUGGAAGGGAGAGUGAGCCUUAUCUUCCCAGUGUAGGUGUUGCUUUUAGAGCUAGAUAAUAUAUAUAAGUGAAAGAAUAAAUCUAAAACCCCCUAAAUCAGCCAAGCUGCAAUAAAAUCGGUGGCCAAGUAUUUAACAGUGAUUUGGGGACACUGCUUUUAAAGCAGCAGAGGUUGUGGUCCUUAGUGGACUGUGAGAUCUCAGAUCCUCACUUCCUGGGCAAAACUGUGAGAGUCCACACCACAUGCUGUUGCCUCACUGUUCCUUUCCUUUCAGGCUAAGUCAGACUGGAAAUAGCUGUGAUUAGAAGAAAGUCCAUCUGAGUCUUUAUUAGCUUCCUCUUAUUGAUUUGUUUCCAAGCCCUGGUCAUGACCUUAACUUCCCACCAACCCAGGGCACAAAGCAGGAAUCCUGCCCUUGUGUACCCCCUUGGGCUAUACAGAGAGCCCCAGGAUAACCCGUGUGGAGUUUCGUACUAUCCUUCAAUGGAAGUUGCUGCAAUACAGAGUGCUGAUAAAACAAAACCAGGAGGAAGCAGCAAAAAUGACUCACACCAUCUGGAACCCACACACUCGACGGAGCUUUCUAGAAGACAUUUCACUUGUGUGUUCUCUCUGCAUCUCGCCAUGAAUUGGGGAGUGCUGUUUUUCUGUGAAGGACUUCUCAAAUUGUACUGGCAACACGUGAAGGGAAGCAGCUUUCCAGUGUUCCCACUUAUUCCUGGAAUGUAGCUGUAGUCUUCUUUCCUAGCAUUAUUAGAUUCCUGUGUACAGGAUGUAUGCAGUGAUUCAGAUCCAUGUUUCCUGUUAAAGAAUGUAUUUGUAAAAUGUAACAAGAGCAGUAGUUAACUUUUUUAAGCUCUGAGAAAACUAAGAUUAAAUGUUAGACUUAUAAUUACAGUGAAAUCUGUCUUUCUACUACUUUUGUGGCUAGCAAAGGUUGUGCAUUUAUGUAAAAAAAAUACUUACAGAAUGCCCUAACUCAAAGACAAUAAAGAUAGGUUGUGCUCUUACUUUUUAGAAUUGCAACAUUGCCAAUGUCUAUUGUAAUUACUAAUUCUUCAGAAGUUCUCUAAGAUGUCAAAACAUAAUUUUCAUUUUGUUCAGAGAAGUAACACCUGCUCUGUGGAUUCACUAUUACAACAAAUACUAAAUUUGUCAUUAAAUAUUUUAACUGUGAUGAAA